AUGCAAAACCAUUCAGGCAUCACAUUAUUCAUCCUGCGGGGACUGACUGAUGACCCUCAACUGCAAGUUCUGCUUUUUAUCUUUCUGUUUCUUACUUAUAUGUUGAGUGUUACUGGAAAUCUGACCAUUAUCACCCUUACCUUGGUGGAUCCCCACCUAAAGACUCCCAUGUACUUUUUCCUUCGAAAUUUUUCCUUUUUAGAAGUUUCAUUCACAAGUGCCUGUAUUCCUAGAUAUCUUUACAGUAUGUCAACUGGAAACAAUAAUGUGACCUACAACGCAUGUGCCACUCAAGUGUUUUUUAUCACUUUUUUGGGUUCAACAGAACUUUUCCUUUUGUCCACCAUGUCUUACGACCGCUAUGUGGCCAUCUGCAAACCCCUGCAUUACACAACCAUCAUGAGCAGUAAAGUCUGUUACCAGCUCAUCCUGAGUUCUUUGCUGGGCUCACUGAUGCUCAUCCUCCCACCACUUAGCAUGGGCCUACAGCUUGAAUUCUGUAGUUCCAAUGUCAUUGAUCAUUUUGUCUGUGAUUCAUCCCCAGUUCUGAAGAUCUCGUGCUCUGAUACAACUUUCAUAAAAAAGGUAAUUGUGACAUUUGCAGUGCUAUUACUUAUGACUACAUUAGUUUUAGUGGUUCUCUCUUAUGCCUACAUUGUCAGGACUAUUCUGAAAUUCCCCUCUGCCAAGCAAAGGAAAAAGGCUUUUUCCACUUGUUCUUCUCACAUGAUUGUAGUCUCCAUGACUUAUGGCACCUGCAUUUUUGUCUAUGUUAAGCCACCUGGGAAGGAAGAACUGGCUUUGGAAAAGGCGGUUUCAGUGCUUGUGACUUCGGUUGCCCCUGUGAUGAACCCCUUUAUUUAUGCCCUGAGGAACAAGCAAGUCAUACAAGCUUUUAAGGACUUUGUCAAAAGAAUCGUAUUUGUCAUCAAGCUAUAG